AUGAAGCAAGAAAAGGAGCUUUUGGAGGACGUCCUGCACAGGGAGAUGAAUAGAGCGUCGGCAUUGCAGGCCGAGCUUUUGCAAGCACAGCAGGCAAAGAGAGAUGCGGACUUUGGUCGUGAGAGGGCAGAGGCAGACCAGGCAGAGGCAGCAGCCACCGCAAAGCGAGCAACACAGAGCCUGGAGAGAAAGAUAACGGUGCUGGAGGGGCAAUUGGCAAAUGCAGCUUCUCAGGCUGAGGAGAGCUGCCAGAGCCUGGCUGCAGAACUCAGGCAGGCGCGGCUGCAAGCGGAUCAGGAACUGGAGGUGCAGCUGGAGGAAGCUGUCACGCUAGCAGAGGAAGCCGCGCGCAAGCGCAGGGAAGCCGAGACGCAGCUGGCGGCAGCCGAAGCGCGCGCGGAAGCGGCCGUCGGACAGGGCGCGCCAUCGCGCACCGGGGACGGCAGGGACGCGGAGCUGCGCAACCUGCGGGAGGAGCUGGCUGCACAGGAGGAAGCCGUCAGGGAAGCGCGCCGCCUGAAAGACCAUGUCAGGAAGUCAGGUAUUCUAGCGGAGCAGCUGAUGGCAUCAGAGGGGAAGGUGCGACGCUUGGAGGCGGUGGCGGCCGCGCACAGCGAGCUGCAGGCCCAGGUGGAGCCGCAGCAGGCAGAGCUGCGCCUGUGGCGCUCCGCGCUGGCCGGCGCGGCCGGGGCCGGCAGCGCCGCCGGCCCCGAAGCUGUGCUGCAGCUUCUGGAGGACCUGCGCGGCCAGGUGCUGACGCUGAAGGAGCACACUGGCGAGAAGGAGGCCGAGGCCAGGCGCCUGCAAGAGGCGGUGAGGGCGGCGGAGGAUGCAGCUAAGGAAGCGGAUGCGAGGCUGCUCAGGACACAGGCGGCGCAGUCGGAGGCGGCUGGAGCGGUGGCACGACUGGAGCGCAAGGCUGCGCUCCUCGCCAAAGAGCGGGACGGCCUCAAAAGCAUCCUGGCCUCGUACGACGAGGAAGAGGGCAGCGCAGGUACGGGUACCGGUGCUGCGCAGACCGAGCACGUGAGGGAGCUGGAGGCGACAAAUGGGGCUCUGAAGGCCCAGCUGCAGGUGCUGGAGGAGGAGGCUGCGCAGGGCGUGGCGUCCCUGCGCGCGCAGACCGAGAAGCUGGCCGCUGCCACCGAGCGCGCCGACAAGGCGGAGUCGCUGGUGCAGCGGCUGGAGGCCGAGGCCGACGCACAGGGGCGCCAGAUCGCACUGCUGGAGGAGCGGCUGGGGCGUGGGGAGUUCAACCCGUCGACGACGCGCGUGCUGCAUUUCGUGCACAACCCCGAGGCGGAGGCACGCCGGGAGGCGGAGGCCGCGCAGGUCUCGCAGCUGCAGGCGGAGGCGGCCGCUCUGCGCGCGCAGCUCGCUGUGCUUCAGAGCAGCGACGCCGGCGCCUCCGACUCAUCCGCGCCCGCCGCAGCCGUUGCCGCCGCCGAGAGGACCCUGCUGGAGCGGAAGGUGUCUGAGUUGGAGAAGAGGGAGUCGAGGCUCAAGGAGGUGUUCAAGACCCAGGUGUCCAACUUCAGGGAGGCCUGCUUCUGCCUCUUCGGCUAUCGCGUCGACAUGGCGUCUCAGCUGCUGUUCAAAAUGGAUCCCAACGGAGGCAUGGUCCUGCUGCCGAAUGAGUUCACCACCAAGUACCUGCACCGCGAAGUGGAGACUUUCAUCACACGGUGA